GCAUGUUUCAACGGUCGGUUUUAAGGGUGCGAGGAUACAUCGCAGUAAAAUGUAAUGGAGAUGAUGACGCAGUACCAUAAACAUCCGAGACAAGACGCGUCGAUAGACACCCGCCAGAGAAAAGAAAAGGAACGGUGCUGCCGGGAUGCAGCAGAUUAGUGAUUGUGGAAAGACGCAAAGAAUCCUUGUCUGGUAUCUUGUUUGACAGAUAAAAGCGGUACGACUAUGUGUACUGUCCACCUUUUAUAUAAUAUGAACAGAUUUCAAGCUUUACCAGUAGAAGGAGCAGUUGAUGAGUAGUCGACUUUGCGAUUGGUUUAAAAUGCGAACCGCUAUAAUAUCAAUUUGGUGUGCUCAAAUCACAAAUUGUCAUACGCAACGUCAAAAUUGUGAAGCAAAUGGUUGGAUAUUUUAAUACAAAAGAAUACUGACUGGCUCUCAAGAAAUAAUACAAAAAUGCCGCUGCCAGUGAAAAAUUUUUACAAAGUUGUCGCAGGUGGGACUUCUGAGAAAGCAAAUGACAUUCACCAAUUCUUUUGCAAAAAUUGGUCAGUCCCAGGACAUAAACUUCAAAUUUGUUGCCCGUCUGAUUCUAAAAACAAUAUGUAUUGUAUUAUGCUGGAUACAAUUGCAAAAAUGUGACAGUUUAGUAUUGUUUUGAUGUGAAAACCCGCCUUACCUUCGUGCAAAC